CUGAUCUUGGCUCCGACGCGGGAGAUCGCUGUGCAGAUUCACGCUGUCAUCACAACCAUUGGGAUGAAAAUGGAAGGCUUGGAAUGCCACGUGUUCAUUGGAGGGACUCCCCUGAACCAGGACAAAGUCAGGCUGAAGAAGUGCCACAUAGCAGUGGGCUCCCCAGGUCGAAUAAAACAGCUCAUAGAGUUGGACUACUUGAAUACAGCCAGUAUCCGGCUUUUCAUUCUCGAUGAAGCAGACAAGCUUCUAGAAGAAGGCAGCUUUCAGGAACAAAUCAAUUGGAUUUACUCUUCACUACCAGCCAAUAAACAGAUGCUUGCUGUCUCAGCUACUUAUCCUGAUUCGUUAGCUAAUGCUUUGACCAGGUACAUGAGAGAGCCAACGUUUGUCAGGCUGAACCCUACUGAUCCAAGUCUCAUUGGGCUGAAGCAAUAUUACAAAAUUGUGAAUUCCCAUCCGCUUCCACAUAAAACAUUUGAGGAAAAAACCCAGCACCUCCAGGAGCUGUUCAGCAAGAUUCCCUUUAAUCAAGCCUUGGUCUUCUCAAAUUUGCAUAGCAGGGCCCAACGUCUGGCUGAAAUACUGACAUCCAGAGGCUUUCCUGCCGAGUGCAUUUCAGGUAAUAUGGAUCAAAAUCAGCGACUUGAUGCUAUGGCUAAAUUAAAGCAAUUCCACUGCAGAGUUCUGAUUUCCACAGACUUGACAUCUCGUGGGAUUGAUGCUGAAAAAGUGAAUCUGGUUGUUAACCUGGAUGUCCCUGCAGACUGGGAGACGUACCUGCACCGCAUCGGCAGAGCCGGGCGCUUCGGGACUUUAGGCUUAUCUGUGACAUAUUGCUGUCGUGGAGAGGAGGAAAACAUGAUGAUGAGAAUUGCUCAGAAAUGUAAUCUUCAGCUGCUUCGUCUGCCAGAGCCUAUACCCCCUGGAAUGAUGGAUCAGUUUGAAGAUGGGGAGGUAGAAGUCAAACCUGUUACACAUACAGGUGCUUCAGUGAAUUCUGACACCGUGUGUCUCAGACCAGAGGAACCAGUACUGCAGCCUGUCCGAAAGAGUUUUUCAGAGGUACCUCAGUCUCUUUCUAAUCUUCCAGCUGAUAGUUCUUCUGUAGAAAGGCCAAAAAAGACUUUGAAGCAAAAGCAGAUUAAAAAGUGCACAAAUUCUGCAAAUACAGAAAAAGGUAAGAGAAACCCUCAAACUUCCAGUUGCCACACAGAACAGAGGAAUCAAGUCAAAACUGUCUCCAGAACGGUUGAACAACGUAACACUCGGUCAGCAGAUGAGGAGGCCUUAAAAAAAAAUCUUCCCAGAAUUCCAUGCUUGUCUUCUUUCAAAAACCAACAGAACAAUCCAUGGAGCUUCUCAGAGUUUGUUGAAGACUACGAGUAUUUCAUUAAAGAAGGGUUGGAGAGAGAGGUUGAAAUUUUAAGAAGCUAUUCAGGCCCAGGAAAGCAACGUGAGCUCCCCAGAAAUAAUCAUGUAGAGUGGAAAGAGAUGGAAGAUAAUACAGAGAUGGUAGCAAAUGGUGUUGUGUCUGGUGACAGUGAUGGUUUGUACAGUUCCAGGGCUUCCUCAAAUAGUAGGGAAAAUAACUCAUGCUUUGAAGAGUUUUCAGAUACACAGGAGAAGAAUGCUGUUCCCACCAUGCAUCAGGGUCAUGCAGGCUUCAGUUCUCCACCAGAGAAGCCUCGGGAAGAAUCACAAAUCCCAAAGCAAAGUCCAGUGAAAAAGAAAGUUCUGAAACAAAAUGCUAAACAAAAGAAAAGCCAUUACCAUCAAUUCCAGAGUCCUCCCACGAGAAGAACUGAGGAUGGCUGUUCCUGCAGCUCUUGGGAUGAUGGUGUUCCAUAUGAGGAUUGGAGUUACAAAGACUACUGGAAAUCUUAUUAUCAAGCGUGGCAGAACUACUACGCUGCCAUGUCUUACUACAGGAGGAGUUACAGACAGUGUAGCUGGAUGAACGCCUACCACGUCAACUCUGUCUACCUUCAGGAACUGCUGAAAAGUGGUGACUGA